AUGUGUGAGUGUCUGCGGGGGAUAUUCAGAGUCACCUGGACGCCUUCCUCCAAUGCAGACUCUGACAGAGACCAAGAAGACAGCCAUGUUUUCAGCCAGACCAGAGACUCAGCCGUGAAAGACAAGAGGCGGUCUCCCCCCUCCAACAGAUCCCCCUCCGCCCAACAACGCAACCCUCACCACAGCGGCUCCACAGACGAGCAGGAGAGCCCUGAGAGAGUGGUGCAGAAGGAGAAGCUCCAUGCAGAGUUGAAGCAGGUGUUGAGUCAGAAAAGAAGUCACCUGAGAGAGUCAACCUGCCAACUGGCCCAACCAGAGAUGGACUCAGAACCCACAGAAGAACAAACUGUUGUGGAGGAGGCCUCUAAGUCAGUCGAAAUCGUGGUGGAGACGGAGGCGGAGGCUGGAGCCAGCGGCUACAGUGUGACGGGCGGAGGACAGCGUGGGAUCUUCGUGAAAGAUGUCCUCAAAGACUCGCCGGCUGCUAAACAUCUUAGUCUACAGGAAGGCGACCAGCUGCUGAGUGCCAAAGUCUACUUCGACAAUGUGAGGUAUGAAGACGCUCUGAAGAUUCUUCAGUGUGCAGAGCCGUAUAAGGUCAGCUUCCUGCUCAAGAGAACCAUCCCAGGGGCAGAGGUCAGCCUGCAGCCUCGAGUUUCCUCUGUUGAGAUCAAACGCCCCCUCGACAAGACGUGCACAUUGAGUGUGAAAGGCUCAAAACCUUUCAAGACAAAGAAGAAGAGAGGGGGUCGUUUUGGGCUGAAGAGGCUGAAGGAGAAGCGUAAGGAUGAGCUGGUGGUCGAGGGAACGCCACCAAGAGUGGAGAUGAGCGAUGUGGAUGUGGAGUUUGCUCUCCCCAGUAUCCCAAGUGUGAAGGUUGACGCAGGAGGAGCUGCAGCUGUGGGGAAGGCAAAGAGGAAAAUCAGAUUCCCUGGCAUGAAAACAAAGAGUUACGCUGGAGCAGGGACAGGAAGAAAAGUGGAAACAGGAACAUUUGAGGGACAGGUGAACAUCUCUCAGCCAGAGAUCUCUGGAGCUAAAGUGAAAACAAAAGGAAAAGGACACAAGUUUGGAAUCAGCUUCCCGAAGAGCAAACAUGCAAAGUUAGACUCGUCUUUGGCAGCUGGAUCUGUAGAGCUUAAGACCCCCAGUGUGAACAUCCAGCCACCAUCAGUGGAGCUCAGUUUGUCUGGGGAUAAAGACAUUCACACGCCUGAUGUGGAGUUUGCACUGCCUUCAGGAAAAGCAGAGGCAUCUUUGCCUGAUGUAAAGGGAAAAGUAGGAAUCAAAGCUCCUAAAGUUGACAUCAAAGGAGGAGUUGAUGCUGAAGCCGCUGGAGGAAAAGUUGAUGUUGAUGUAAACAAAGGAGAUGCAAAGCUGAGAAUGCCAAAGUUGAAACUGCCCAAAGUUAGACUCUCACGUCACUCAGAUGAGAUCGAUGGAGACAUCAAGAUCAAAACCAAGGGGGUGAAAGUUCCUCAAACUGACAUAACACCUCCAAAAGUUGACAUCAAAGCAGGUGACAUCAGUCUCCCUGAAGCAACUAUAACCAAACCAAAGAUGGAGGGUGAUCUCUCAGGAAAAGCUGCAUCCAUUCAAAUGCCUUCUGUUGAUGUUUCUCUACCAAACGUAAAGGGAAAGUCCGACAUUGAAGUCUCACUUCCACAGUGGGAAGGUACCGGGAAGGCAGGAAUCAAAAUGCCAGCCAUUGAUGUUUCUGUUCCCGAUGUUGAUUUGGAAUUGGACACCAAGCGAAGAAUUCCUGAUGAGGUGGAGGGCACAUUCAAAGGGCCCAAUAUCUCCAUGCCAAAGAUUGAUUUCUCCUUACCAAAGAUGAGAUCACCCGAUGUGGAUAUUGAAGGUCCGGAAGGUGGAGGAAAAUUCAGCCUCCCCUCUGUUGACAUCUCUCCCCCAAAUGUGAAAGCAGGAGUAGGGGAUGUUGAUUUGGACCAUUACGUUGGUGGAGAUGGGAUGUUUAAAAUGCCUGAUUUUGACAUAUCUUUCCCCAAAAUUAAGACACAAGGAGGAGAAGUACAAGGACAAGAUGUGGAAGGAGGCUUCAAGUUACCCAACGUCCAGAUGACCCUUCCCAAAGGCAAAGCAGGAGCAACUGAUUCUGAAGUUGGAGGAAAUUUCAAGUUGCCAUCAUUUGAUAUCUCCCUCCCAAAAAUGAAAACGGGUGAGAUAGAAGUGGAUAUCGUGGGGCCUGAAGUGAAAGGUGGUAAAUUUGAAAAGCCUUCUGUUGACAUGUCACUACCCAAAGGAAAGAUGGAGGGUGACUUUGAAAUAGAGGGUCCAUCUGUGAAAGGAGGGAAGUUCAAAAUGCCCUCACUGGACGUCAAACUUCCUGUCAUGGGAACAUCUGGAGCUGAGGUUGACUUGCCGUCAGUAGACAUUUCUGUACCAAAAGUUAAAUCCAAAGGUGAGGUUGAUAUCGAGGGAAAAGGCGGCAAGUUUAAAAUGCCUUCAUGCGAUAUAAAUCUUCCAAAAAUGAAGUCACCUAAAGGAGACGUUGUUUUAGAGGGACCUGAUAUCAAAGGAGGCAAAGUAAACCUGCCAUCUGUGGAUGUUUCUCUUCCAAAAAUGAAGCUACCUGAAGGAGAUGCAAAGUUAGAAUUCCCUGAUCUUCCAAAUGUGGAUUUCUCACUCCCAAAGAUGAAAAUAAAGGGGGGAGAUGCUGAUAUCGACAUACCUCAAGUCAAAGGAGGAGCAAAGUUCAGCAUGCCGUCAUUGGACGUAUCCCUUCCUACUGUUAAAUCCCCAGAAGGAGAAGUAAAGAUCGAAGGGCCCAAAGCCAAAGGUGGAAAGUUCCAGAUGUCUUCUUUCGAUGUGUCACUACCAAAGAUCAAAUCACCAGAAGGUGACGUCAGCUUUGAGGGUCCUGAGUUUAAGGUUAAAACACCAGACACAGAUUUAGACCUCAAGGGGAGUGAGAUUAAAGGUGGAAAAAUAAACAUGCCUACAGUCGAUGUCUCUAUUCCAAAGGGUAAAGCAGAAGGAAUAAUUGAUGUGGAAGUACCCACAGGAAAAGGAGGCAAGUUUAAGAUUCCUACGUUUGAUGUAUCCAAACCAAAGAUGAAGAUGCCCAAAGGAAAUAUUGGCCUUGAGGGACCCUCUGUGGAUGGACCGGAUAUUAAAAUGCCAACUAUUGACAUAUCACCUCCCAAAGGGGCGUUAAAAGGUGACAUCAGUGUUGGAGGUGAAGGGGGCAAAUUCAGCCUGCCUUUAGUAGACCUUUCCCUCCCCUCGGUAAAGCUUCCUGAAGGAGACGUGAAUUUACAAGGCCCAAAAGUUAAAGGUGGAAAGUUUGACAUGCCAAAAAUUGACCUGUCUCUUCCUAAAGGAAAAGCAAUAGGAGACAUUGACAUUGAUAUUCGUCAUGGGAAAGAUGGAAAUAUUGAAUUACCCUCCUAUGAUAUCAGACUUCCAAAAGGACAAGUCGAGGGUGACAUUGAUGUUGAAGGUCCUGAAGGGGUGGGCGGUAAAUUCAAAAUGCCAAAAUUUGACAUCACCCUUCCAAAGAUGAACUUGCCUGAGGGUGACGUCAAACUGAAAGGACCAGAGAUUAAAGGGAAAAUGGAAAUGCCAUCUGUUGAUGUUUCACUUCCAAAAGGAAAAAUGGAGGGAGACGUUGACAUUGAUGGACUUGGAGGUAAAGGAGUCAAGUUCAACAUGCCAUCACUUGAUGUUUCAGCACCGAAAGUAAAAACUCCUGGGGUAGAUGUCAGCAUCAAGGGUCCGGAGGUUAAAGGAAGGAAGAUUGAAAUGCCAGACAUUGAUAUUUCACCCAUAAAGGGAAAAGCAGGAGGGAAAUUUGAAAUUGAGGGACAUACUGGUAAAGGAGGAAAGUUCCACAUGCCUUCACUUGAUAUUUCUCUUCCUAAAAUGAAAACUAAGGGUCCAGAGGUCAACAUUAAAGGUCCUGAGGGGAAAAUAAACAUGCCAGACAUCGAUGUUUCACUUCCAAAAGGAAAGGCUGAAGCUGACUUCAAUAUUGAGGGUCCUGAAGUGAAAGGAGGGAAAUUCAAAAUGCCUAAAUUUGAUAUUUCAGGACCAAAAGGAAAUAUAGAGGGCGAUGUUGAUAUUGAAGGACAUGGAGGGAAAGGAGGCAAGUUUCACCUGCCCUCAGUAGAUCUCUCACUUCCAAAAAUUAAAGCAAAAGGAGCCAAUGUUAGUAUUGAAGGACCUGAUAUCAAAGGUGACCUUUCACUCCCAAAAGUUAAAUCUCCAGAUGGUGACCUAGAUUUUGAAGGUCCUGACGUAAAGGGAGGAAAAUUCAAAAUGCCAAAAUUUGAUGUCACAUUGCCAAAAGUGAAACUCCCAGAAGGUGAUGUUCACUUGAAAGGCCCUGACAUCAAGGGAAGGAAAAUUGAGAUGCCUGACAUAGAUUUAUCACUGCCCAAAGGAAAAGCCGGAGGAGAUAUAGAAUUUGAGGGACAUGCUGGGAAAGGAGGCAAGUUCAGUAUGCCAUCAUUUGACAUCUCUCUGCCCAAAAUGAAAGCCAAAGGUCCAGAGAUAAACAUUGAGGGCCCUGAUGUUAAAGGAGGAAAGAUGAACAUGCCAUCUCUUGAUCUCUCUCUACCAAAAGUCAAAUCUCCUGAUGUGGACGUCUGCUUUGAGGGUCCUGAUGUUAAAGGGGGAAAGGUCAACCUGCCUACUCUUGACAUUUCCCUCCCUAAAGGAAACGUUGAGGGGGACAUCAAUCUUGAAGGACCUGAAAUGAAAGGAGGCAAAUUCAAAAUGCCCAAAUUUGAUAUGUCCUUACCAAAAGUAAGUCUCCCCAAGUUUGAUGCCAACGUGGAAGGACCAGAUAUGAAAGGGAAAAUGGAAAUGCCAACAGUUGAUGUCUCACUUCCAAAAGGAAAGGCAGAUGUGGAUAUAGAUAUCGACGGACUCAGUGGCAAAGGAGGCAAGUUUCACAUGCCCUCACUUGAUAUCUCUCUUCCUAAAAUCAAAGCAAAGGGAGUUGAUGUUGAUAUAGAGGGACCUGAGGUCUCAGGUGGAAAGUUAAAAAUGCCAUCUCUUGAUGUUUCACUUCCUAAAGGAAAGGUUGAGGGUGACCUGGAUGUAGAGGGCCCUGAGAUAAAAGGAGGCAAAUUUAAACUACCUAAAUUUGAUGUUUCACUCCCAAAGAUGAACUUGCCAGAGGGACAUGUGGAGAUGCCAAAAGCUGAUCUCACACUACCAAAAGGCAAGGCAAAGGGAGAUGUUGAUAUUGAGGGACACGGAGGUAAAGGAGGCAGGUUCUCCCUGCCCUCUGUGGAUUUCUCACUUCCUAAAAUCAAAGGCAAGGGAGUCGAUGUUAACAUCGAAGGACCUGGAAUCAAAGGUGACAUUUCACUUCCUAAAGGGCAACUUGAGGGUGACCUAGAUGUUGAAGGCCCUGACCUAAAGGGAGGGAAAUUCAAAAUGCCUAAAUUUGAUGUCACAUUGCCAAAAGUGAAACUCCCAGAAGGUGAUGUUCACUUGAAAGGCCCUGACAUUAAGGGAAGGAAAAUUGAGAUGCCUGACAUAGAUUUAUCACUGCCCAAAGGAAAAGCCGGAGGAGAUAUAGAAUUUGAGGGACAUGCUGGGAAAGGAGGCAAGUUCAGUAUGCCAUCAUUUGACAUCUCUCUGCCCAAAAUGAAAGCCAAAGGUCCAGAGAUAAACAUUGAAGGCCCUGAUGUUAAAGGAGGAAAGAUGAGCAUGCCAUCUCUUGAUCUCUCUCUACCAAAAGUCAAAUCUCCUGAUGUGGACGUCAGCUUUGAGGGUCCUGAUGUUAAAGGGGGAAAGGUCAACCUGCCUACUCUUGACAUUUCCCUCCCUAAAGGAAACGUUGAGGGGGACAUCAAUCUUGAAGGACCUGAAAUGAAAGGAGGCAAAUUCAAAAUGCCCAAAUUUGAUAUGUCCUUACCAAAAAUGAGUCUCCCCAAGUUUGAUGCCAACGUGGAAGGACCAGAUAUGAAAGGAAAAAUGGAAAUGCCAACAGUUGAUGUUUCACUUCCAAAAGGAAAGGUUGAGGGUGACCUGGAUGUAGAGGGCCCUGAGAUAAAAGGAGGCAAAUUUAAACUACCUAAAUUUGAUGUUUCACUCCCAAAGAUGAACUUGCCAGAGGGACAUGUGGAGAUGCCAAAAGCUGAUCUCACACUACCAAAAGGCAAGGUAAAGGGAGAUGUUGAUAUUGAGGGACACAGAGGUAAAGGAGGCAGGUUCUUCCUGCCCUCUGUGGAUUUCUCACUUCCUAAAAUCAAAGGCAAGGGAGUCGAUGUUAACAUCGAAGGACCUGAAAUCAAAGGUGACCUUUCACUUCCUAAAGGGCAACUUGAGGGUGACCUAGAUGUUGAAGGCCCUGACCUAAAGGGAGGGAAAUUCAAAAUGCCAAAAUUUGAUGUCACAUUGCCAAAAGUGAAACUCCCAGAAGGUGAUGUUCACUUGAAAGGCCCUGACAUUAAGGGAAGGAAAAUUGAGAUGCCUGACAUAGAUUUAUCACUGCCCAAAGGAAAAGCCGGAGGAGAUAUAGAAUUUGAGGGACAUGCUGGGAAAGGAGGCAAGUUCAGUAUGCCAUCAUUUGACAUCUCUCUGCCCAAAAUGAAAGCCAAAGGUCCAGAGAUAAACAUUGAGGGCCCUGAUGUUAAAGGAGAAAAGAUGAACAUGCCAUCUCUUGAUCUCUCUCUACCAAAAGUCAAAUCUCCUGAUGUGGACGUCAGCUUUGAGGGUCCUGAUGUUAAAGGGGGAAAGGUCAACCUGCCUACUCUUGACAUUUCCCUCCCUAAAGGAAACGUUGAGGGGGACAUCAAUCUUGAAGGACCUGAAAUGAAAGGAGGCAAAUUCAAAAUGCCCAAAUUUGAUAUGUCCUUACCAAAAAUGAGUCUCCCCAAGUUUGAUGCCAACGUGGAAGGACCAGAUAUGAAAGGAAAAAUGGAAAUGCCAACAGUUGAUGUUUCACUUCCAAAAGGAAAGGCAGAUGUGGAUAUAGAUAUUGACGGACUCAGUGGCAAAGGAGGCAAGUUUCACAUGCCCUCACUUGAUAUCUCUCUUCCUAAAAUCAAAGCAAAGGGAGUUGAUGUUGAUAUAGAGGGACCUGAGGUCUCAGCUGACAUAUCUCUCCCUAAGAUCAAGUCUCCAGAGGUGGAUAUCAGCCUCAAGGGUCCUGAUGUGAAAGGUGGAAAGUUAAAAAUGCCAUCUCUUGAUGUUUCACUUCCUAAAGGAAAGGUUGAGGGUGACCUGGAUGUAGAGGGCCCUGAGAUAAAAGGAGGGAAAUUCAAAAUGCCUAAAUUUGAUGUCAAAUUGCCAAAAGUGAAUCUCCCAGAAGGUGAUGUUCACUUGAAAGGCCCUGACAUCAAGGGAAGGAAAAUUGAGAUGCCUGACAUAGAUUUAUCACUGCCCAAAGGAAAAGCCGGAGGAGAUAUAGAAUUUGAGGGACAUGCUGGGAAAGGAGGCAAGUUCAGUAUGCCAUCAUUUGACAUCUCUCUGCCCAAAAUGAAAGCCAAAGGUCCAGAGAUAAACAUUGAAGGUCCUGAUGUUAAAGGAGGAAAGAUGAGCAUGCCAUCUCUUGAUCUCUCUCUGCCAAAAGGAAAAGCUGGAGCUGACCUUGAUAUUCAUGGUCCUGAGAUCAAGGGCGGCAAAUUCAAAAUGCCCAAAGUCGACGUUUCACUUCCAAAGAUGAACCUGCCUGAAGGGGAAUUCAAAGUUGAAGGACCAGGUAUUUCAGGAGGAAAGUUACCUGCUGUCGAUGUUUCCAUUCCAGUUGGAAAAGUUGAGGGAGAUAUCAACAUUAAAGGACCAUCAGGAAAGCUUAAAGAGCCAAAGGUUGAUCUGUCUGGUAAAAAAGGGGGUGGACUCCACAUGCCAACACUUGACAUAGAUAUCCCCAAAUUUGAUCUUGACCUGAGCUUCCCCUCUGGUCUGAAAGACAAAAGCCUCAAAGUGGACGCCCGUGGUCCUGGUGGGUCAGGAAAUGUGGAAGUUUCUGGACUCAAAGGAGAUAUUCACCCACCUAAAUUCAAUGUUAAGGGUGCGGACAUUGAUGCAGGAGGUGUAGAAGGUCCAGGUGCAUCUCUUAAACUCCCCACUGUCAAACUACCAACCGUUGACAUUUCAGCUCCAAAGGUGGAUCUAGACUUUGGCCUCAACAGACCUAAAGGUGAUGAUGUGGAAGUGGAGCUUCUGAAAGCAGAGGGAGGCAGACCUUCUUCAGGGGGAAGCUUUGAGCUACCUGACAUCUCCCUCAAGGGCCCUAGCUUUACUCUUCCCAGGUUUGGUGGAAAGUCCAAGAGUAGUGGUUUGGACAUAUCGGGUAAAGGUCCCAAAGGAGAUAUGUCCCUCAGCCCACCAAAUGUUGAAGGAGAGAUCAGGGCACCAUCUGUAGAGUUUGAUGGAGAGGGAAAAGUCAAAGUGAAGAAAUCUAAACUCAAAAUGCCCUCUUUUGGUUUUCCCAAGUUUAAAAUGUCAUCACCAAAAGUUCAGCUGCCAGAAGCAGAGGUUGAUGCCAAAGUGGAUGCAGAUUUGAAAGGAAAGGGUAUCAAACUACCAAAGUUCUCAAUGCCCGGAUUUGGCUCUAAAGACAAAGACUUGGGUAAGCCAAGUGGUCACCUUGAUGCUAAGGCAAAAGUCAAGGUGCCCUCUGUUGAGCUGUCACUUCCAGAAGCUAAAACACCAGAGACCGAGGUUCUUCUGCCCAAAGCAGAAGUAGAUGUCUCAGAUGCUGACAUUAAAGGUUACGGGGGAAACCUCAAAAUUCCCAAAAUGCCAACAAUUGACCUUUCCAUCCCCAAAAUUGACCUGGAUUUGUCUCUGCCAAAAGGAAAGUCCCCUAAGAUCGAAGGACCAGACGUGGAGCUGAAAGGUGAAGGUGGAAAAUUCAAAAUGCCACACCUCAGUAUGCCCUCUGUCGAUAUUUCACUUCCUAAAGGAAAAAUUGAAGGUCCAGAGGUUGAAGUAGAGGGAGGCAAGGGAGGAAAGUUUAAAAUGCCUCACAUGAAAAUGCCACACAUGAAAAUGCCAGAUAUUGAUCUGUCCUUGCCUAAAGGAAAGAUUGAAGGACCAGAUGUUGAUAUUUCCUUGCCCAAAGGAAAAAUUGAAGGUCCAGAUGUAGAAGUGGAGGGAGGCAAGGGAGGAAAGAUUAAAAUGCCCCACAUGAGAAUGCCAGAUAUUGACCUGUCCUUGCCCAAAGGAAAAAUUGAAGGACCAGAAGUGGACCUAAAAGGGAAAGGUGGAAAAUUCAAAAUGCCUCAUCUUAGCAUGCCCUCUGUCGAUAUCUCUCUCCCAAAAGGAAAACUUGAAGGUCCUGAUGUAGAAGUAGAAGGAGGCAGUGGAGGAAAGUUUAAAAUGCCUCAGAUGAAGAUGCCAGAUUUUGACAUGUCCUUACCCAAAGGGAAGAUCGAAGGUCCAGACGUUGAACUUGAAGGAGGUUCUGGAGGAAAAUUCAAGAUGCCUCAUCUCAGCAUGCCCUCUGUUGACAUUUCACUGCCCAAAGGAAAAAUUGAAGGUCCAGAUGUUGAUAUUUCCUUGCCCAAAGGAAAGAUUGAAGGCCCAGAGGUGGACCUAAAAGGGAAAGGAGGAAAAUUCAAGAUGCCUCAUCUCAGCAUGCCAUCAGUUGACAUUUCCUUGCCAAAAGGAAAAGUUGAAGGUCCAGAAGUAGAAGUAGAGGGAGGCAGUGGAGGAAAGUUUAAAAUGCCUCAUAUGAAAAUGCCAGAAUUUGACAUUUCCUUGCCCAAAGGAAAAGUUGAAGGUCCAGAAGUAGAAGUAGAAGGAGGCAGUGGAGGAAAGUUUAAAAUGCCACAAAUGAAAAUGCCAGAUAUUGAUCUGUCCUUGCCCAAAGGAAAGAUUGAAGGCCCAGAGGUUGAGCUCAAAGGGAAAGGUGGGAAAUUUAAAAUGCCCAAUGUCAACAUGCCCUCUGUUGACUUUUCCUUGCCUAAAGGAAAAGUUGAAGGUCCAGAAAUAGAAGUAGAAGGAGGCAAGGGAGGAAAGUUUAAAAUGCCUCAUAUGAAAAUUCCGGAUGUUGACAUUAAGGGGGAAGGAGGAGGUAAAUUCAAAAUGCCUGGUCUAAAGAUGCCAAAUGUUGACUUCUCUCUCCCCAAAGGAAAAGUUGAAGGGCCGGAAGUAGAAGUAGAGGGAGGCACAGGAGGAAAGUUUAAAAUGCCUCACAUGAAAAUGCCAGAUAUUGAUCUGUCCUUGCCCAAAGGGAAGAUGGAAGGUCCAGAGGUUGAGAUCAAAGGGAAAGGUGGGAAAUUUAAAAUGCCCAAUGUCAACAUGCCCUCUGUUGACUUUUCCUUGCCCAAAGGAAAAGUUGAAGGUCCAGAAAUGGAAGGUCCAGAGGUUGAGAUCAAAGGGAAAGGUGGGAAAUUUAAAAUGCCCAAUGUCAACAUGCCCUCUGUUGACUUUUCCUUGCCCAAAGGAAAAGUUGAAGGUCCAGAAGUAGAAGUAGAAGGAGGCAGUGGAGGAAAGUUUAAAAUGCCUCACAUGAAAAUGCCAGAUUUUGACAUUUCUCUACCCAAAGGAAAGAUUGAAGGCCCCGAGAUGCCAGAUGUUGACCUGUCCUUGCCCAAAGGAAAGAUUGAAGGUCCAGAGGUUGAAAUUGAGGGAGGUUCUGGAGGAAAGUUCAAAUUGCCUCAUAUGAAAAUGCCAAACGUUGAUAUCACCCUGCCCAAAGGAAAACCAGGCAAAAUUGAAGGCCCAGAGUUAGAAGUUGAGGGUGUUGAGGCAGGACGGAAAGCCAAGAUGCCAACAAUAGAUAUCAAAGGUCCAAAAGGAGACAUUGAGCUUGAUUUAGGACUUCAUAGAGGAGACGGCAAGAAGGACAGGAAAAAAGUUGAGCUACCUGACUUGGACUUGGACACGGCAGGGACCAGCGGCAAAGGCAAGGGUGCUAAAGUGAAAGGGACAAAAUUCAAGAUUGGAAUGCCAAAAAGGAAAGGUGGUAAAGAUGUCUCAGCAGAAUCCAAAACAUGCAAAAAAUGUGGCGAAGAGGAGUUAGGUGGUAAAGUCAAACACAUAUGCAAAGUUGAAGGAAGACUUGAGCAUGAAGUCGAAUCCCUCAACGGACAUAAAGAUGACAAAGAUCGUAUUAACAUCAGACUACCAGGGGUUUCAUCACCCAGCGUACAAGUCUCAGGACCAGAGGUACAGGGUGGCCUGCCAUCAACAGGAACAGAAAUCAAAGUCCCCAGGAUCCCAGACAUAGAGUUUGAUAUCGGUACAUCGCAGGGUGAAGAUGAUGACAAGACUCAAACAGGCAAGAAAAUCAAGAUCCCUAAGUUUGGUGUCCCGUUACCCUCCAUGUCCCCUGAGGAUAGACGGAAUAUCUACGGGCAAGAAAUUCAGUAUGAGGGCCCUAAAAUGCCCAAAGUCAAGAAAGCUGUUUUUGUCUUAGUUAGUCCUCCUGAAACGGAUGAGUCUGCAGCAUGCUCCAGCCAGGGUGAUGCAGGGGAUGUCAAAGUGAAGAUGCCUAAGAUCAAAAUGAAGCCCAGCUUUGGGAAGUCCAAAGACAAAUCAGAGAGAGAGGGGGAGGACGAGGAGAGGGCAAAAGGAGCGAAUAUAAAAAUACCCCAAGGGUCAUUUUCGCUUGAAUCAGGGGAGUUUGAUGACAGAGGCUCAAGUUCAAGUCUCAACGGUGACAAAGACACAAGUCCUAGCAAGGGCUCCAAGGAUGAUAAAGGGACAUUCAGUGGUAAAUUCAAACUCCCAAAGGUGGAGCUCACCUCUCCAUACGGCAAAAUGGCAGCAGGAGAGAAGGACACAGAAACAAGUUUGGCGCUAGGAAAGGAUUCAUCAACCGGAGAAGCGUGGGAAGCCAAAGGUCUCUCGGGCAAAAUGGGCUUUGCCGGUUUUAGCGAGGAGCCCGCCAAGGGUGUGGUGUCAUCUUUUGCCAGAACAGAAAUGCUGGACAGAGACAGCUCAGAGUCCCCGCAGAGUUUGACCAUGGAGUUCAGCUCGGCAAAGGUGCAGACCUGGAGCGAGGUGGAGAGCCAAAGCAGGGAGUCUGAAGAGAGAGAGUCGUCUCCCUGGUUCAGGGUUCCUAAGUUCACGCUCAAGCCACACUCUACAGGCUUCCUCCAGAUAACUCCCGAGGGUUCUCCUCAGGCCCAGCGGAGAGGAGAGGUGGCAGGCGAGGUUGACGUCUCAGGAUCCUUCUGCCUCCACACCUCAGGGCUCGACUUCUCCACCCAGGAAACGUCUGAGGAACACCAAGUCUCCUCCACGGAGGAGGGAACUCUCACCAUGGUCACCAAGACCACCAGAAUCACCCGGCAAAUGGUCACCAGUGAAACGCGAACGGGUGAAUCUUCGACAACCACCACACCACCUCACAAGGCGUCGGACUACGACUACUGAGGAUGCUGUAAUGAAACCGUACAUGUCUUUCAUGUUGUUGUUUAUCUUUGGAUGCAGUGAAAGCUGAGCCUGCGAUGAGGAAACCUUGUCUCAAAAGAUUAGAGUCUUUAUUAUUUUAUAUUUCAGAUAAAGAAAAUGAGAUUUCAUCACUCAGCAUUUUCUUUGUUAUGACAGCAACAGAGUAAUA